UAUAUUGUACAUGUAGGUCGUAUUAGAGCAAUUCAGUUAGAUUACUCAGAAAGUCACAAGCAUUUAAUUCAAGCCAUUCGCAAGGCCCCUCAACAGUCAGCUAUUGGGUUCAGACAGACUGCCCACAAAUUUGCUGUUGUAGUGGAAUUACUGUUAGGUGACAUACCAGAUAAAGCAAUAUUCCAUGAACGUGUACUUGAGAGGCCACUGCAGCCAUACUUUCAAUUGACAAAAGCUGUUAGGAAUGGCGAUUUAGUUCAGUUUGGUCAUGUCUUGGAGAAUUAUCAGGGUCACUUUCAAGCAGACCAUACUUACACUUUGAUUGUGAGACUCCGACAUAAUGUUAUCAAAACUGGCAUUCGUCGAAUCUCAUUAUCAUACUCUCGCAUCUCAUUAAGAGAUAUAGCUGAUAAACUGGGAUUAGAUGAUGCUCUAGAUGCAGAAUAUAUAGUUGCUAAGGCUAUCAAGGAUGGUGUUAUUGAAGCAACUAUUAAUCAUCAUGAAGGUUACAUGCAGUCUAAGGAACAUGUUGACAUUUAUACUACAAAGGAGCCUCAAGAAGCGUUUCACCAACGAAUUCAGUUUUGCCUUGAUUUAUACACACAAUCAGUAAAGGCUAUGAGAUAUCCACCAAAAUCAUAUAAAGAGUCAGAAAACGUAGAAGAGUUAAGAGAAACUGAAAAGCAGCUCAUCGAGGUUGUUAAGAUGGUGGAUGAAGAUGACGAGGAGGAAGAGGAAUUUUAGAACCUUAUUAUUAACAUUAUAUAGUUACCCACAAUAGUAAUUAUUAAUCAUGAUAUUGCGGGAAUAUAGUACUGUAAUGACACAUCUUGAUGUAACAGGAAAAAUUGUAAACCACAUCCAUCCACAAUAUCUAAAGAAUUAUUAUGGUACAAAAUGUGAAAAUUUAA